GUCUACACUGCGGGGAUCAAUCCUGCGAACCUACCGCAGACUAUCCGCGACGCGAUCUACGUCACGCACGAGCUCGGGAUGCAAUAUCUGUGGGCGGACACGCUGUGCAUAAUACAGGACUCGGGCCAGGACAAGCGGCGCGAGCUCGCUCGCAUGCAUCGCAUCUACCGCGAUGCGCACCUCACCAUCAUCGCAUCCGACGCGCGGAAGGUCAGCGAGGGCUUCCUGCAGGAUCGACCGGACGCUGCCGUGCGUGACGUCGUCCUUCCCUUCGUUUGUCCCCCUGUGCUUGUAGGUGGCCCGCCUCAGCUAGGACGGCGCUGGCAUAGGCUGCACGCGGCGUGGUGGAAGGUCGUCGUGGACUACACGCAGCGCUCGAUUACCUCUCCCACAGACAAGCUCGUUGCGUGCGGUGCGAUUGCAGCCGAGUUCGGGCGCGUCCUGUCCACGGAGUACCUUGCAGGCCUGUGGCGCGAUACGCAACUCAACGACCUGCUGUGGUUCAAGCGUCCUGCCAGCGCGAACGUUGCGCGCCCCGCGGUGUAUCGUGCACCGUCGUGGUCGUGGGCGGCGGUCGACGGAGCAGUUUCUAAGCACGUGGGAGAGUGGGCUGCCCCGGCUGCAGCGGUCGCGGAGGUGGUGAGCAGCGAGAUCGUGCUUGAGGACGCAGCGCUGCCUUUUGGACAGGUGACGGGAGGUUCACUCGUCCUGAGCGCAGCACUGGUACCAUGCGAAUGGGGGCAAGACCGCCCCUACGACGGCCUUCGAUUCAUGGCUCAUCAACACGAAGACCCGCCUGGACGGCUAGACGAGGAGAGCGUACUUGGGGGAAAAGCGAAAUCAGCUCUUUUUGCUCGGGGCUACAUCGACAGCGAGCCAGAUGACGCAGGGAUCCGCGGCCUUUGGGCUGUCCCUCUCUUCCGAAACGGACCGUAUUACGUGGAUGGGCUCGUCGUCUCCCGUGGUGUCUCGCUGGACGGUUCGGGAUUGCCGCAGGCGAUGGAGUCGUCGUAUCGAAGGGUCGGAAUCUUCCGGAUGAUAGAACCGGUCGUACAGGCUCUCGGGUUGGACGGCGAGCUGCAAGUAACUGAGAUCAAGCUGGUGUGA